AUAGACUCAUAAAGGUCUCUGCGUGAGAGUUAAACGUAAAGAACUUUUUCUUCUUUAUCUACAUCUUAAUUCAACUCGGCUUUAAAAUGCGUGAGUGCAUUUCUAUCCACGUGGGCCAGGCUGGUGUCCAGAUUGGCAAUGCCUGCUGGGAGCUCUACUGCCUGGAGCACGGGAUCCAGCCAGACGGGCAGAUGCCCAGUGACAAGACCAUUGGAGGAGGGGAUGACUCCUUCAACACCUUCUUCAGUGAGACUGGAGCUGGCAAACAUGUCCCCAGGGCUGUGUUUGUGGAUCUGGAGCCCACAGUCAUUGACGAGGUGCGCACUGGGACUUACCGCCAGCUUUUCCACCCUGAGCAGCUCAUCACUGGUAAGGAGGAUGCUGCCAACAACUACGCCCGUGGCCAUUACACCAUCGGGAAAGAAAUCAUUGACCUGGUUCUGGACAGGAUCCGCAAACUGGCUGACCAGUGCACAGGUCUCCAAGGCUUCCUGGUCUUCCACAGCUUUGGAGGUGGUACCGGUUCUGGUUUCACCUCCUUGCUGAUGGAACGCCUGUCUGUUGAUUACGGCAAGAAGUCCAAGCUGGAGUUCUCCAUCUACCCAGCUCCCCAGGUGUCCACAGCUGUGGUGGAGCCCUACAACUCCAUCCUGACCACCCACACCACCCUGGAGCACUCCGACUGUGCCUUCAUGGUCGACAACGAGGCCAUCUACGACAUCUGUCGUAGGAACCUCGAUAUUGAGCGCCCCACCUACACCAACCUCAACAGGUUGAUCAGUCAAAUUGUGUCCUCCAUCACAGCUUCCCUCCGAUUCGAUGGUGCCCUCAAUGUUGAUCUGACAGAGUUCCAGACCAACUUGGUGCCCUACCCUCGUAUCCACUUCCCUCUGGCCACAUAUGCUCCAGUCAUCUCUGCCGAGAAGGCUUAUCAUGAGCAGUUAACUGUGGCUGAGAUCACAAAUGCUUGCUUUGAGCCGGCCAAUCAGAUGGUCAAAUGUGACCCCCGUCAUGGCAAGUACAUGGCCUGCUGCCUGUUGUACCGUGGUGACGUGGUGCCGAAAGAUGUCAAUGCUGCCAUCGCCACCAUCAAGACCAAGCGCUCCAUCCAAUUUGUGGACUGGUGCCCAACUGGUUUCAAGGUUGGUAUCAACUACCAGCCCCCCACUGUGGUUCCAGGUGGAGACCUGGCCAAGGUUCAGAGGGCAGUGUGCAUGUUGAGCAACACCACUGCCGUUGCCGAGGCCUGGGCCCGCCUGGACCACAAAUUCGACCUGAUGUACGCCAAGCGUGCAUUUGUGCACUGGUACGUAGGUGAGGGUAUGGAGGAGGGAGAGUUUUCUGAGGCCAGGGAAGACAUGGCAGCCCUGGAGAAGGAUUAUGAGGAGGUGGGAGCUGACAGCAUGGAAGGAGAAGAUGAAGGAGAGGAAUACUAAAUGCUGCGUCUUAACACAGGUCACCAGAAACUGCCUUUCAAAAGCCUUUUUUUUCCUGUUUUGACCAAAAUUUUUCACUUUCACCCUUUUAUUCUGUCCCUGUGAAUCUUAACAUAUAUGUUUU